GGGGUCGGCUGGGUGCUCGGCGCUGACCACCCUCCGUCCCCGCCGUCUCCACCGCCCGCAGCGGAGGGAAAGAAAGAAAGAGGGGGCAGCUUAAAGUGCGCCAUAGCCGGGAGAACGCGAGCCCCGGGGUGGAGGGAGAGCGACCUGGCAUCGGCCGUCCUCGAAGCGCAGCGGCAGCAGGAGCAGAGGCAGCAGCCCCCGCUCCGUCGGAAACUGUUGAUCGGUUCUUGAGCCCUCUGGAGAAGCGGCUUCACCGGCCUGGCCAUGUGGACCCCCACCGAGGAGGAGAAAUACGGCGUAGUUAUAUGCAGCUUUCGUGCAACCGUUCCACAAGGUUUGAUCCUAGAAAUAGGAGAAACUGUCCAGAUCCUGGAAAAAUGUGAAGGGUGGUAUAGAGGAGUUUCGACAAAGAAGCCUAACGUAAAGGGGAUCUUUCCAGCAAACUACAUUCAUUUGAAAAAGGCAAUCGUCAGUAAUAGGGGGCAGUAUGAAACUAUAGUUCCACUUGAAGAUUCCAUUGUGACUGAGGUCACAUCAACUCUGCAAGAAUGGGCUACCCUGUGGAAGCAACUUUAUGUGAAACACAAGGUAGAUCUUUUCUACAAAUUGCGCCAUGUGAUGAAUGAACUUAUUGACCUGCGGAGGCAACUACUCUCCGGUCACCUGACUCAGGAUCAGGUGAGAGAAGUCAAGAGACACAUCACAGUGCGCCUGGACUGGGGUAAUGAGCAUUUGGGUCUGGACCUAGUUCCUCGAAAGGAUUUUGAAGUGGUGGAUUCAGAUCAGAUUAGCGUCUCAGAUCUCUAUAAAAUGCAUUUAUCCAGCAGACACAGUGUACAGCAGAGCACGUCACAGGUGGAUACGAUGCGUCCACGUCACGGGGAAGCCUGCCGGAUGCCAGUUCCACAUCAUUUUUUCCUCAGUCUAAAGAGUUUCACCUAUAAUACCAUUGGGGAGGAUACAGAUGUCUUCUUUUCCUUGUAUGACAUGCGAGAGAGCAAGCAGAUCAGUGAGCGGUUUCUAGUGAGACUCAACAAGAAUGGUGCUCCCAGGAACCCAGAGAAGAUUGAACGGAUGUGUGCUCUUUUUACAGAUCUAAGCAGCAAAGAUAUGAAGAGAGAUUUAUAUAUAGUUGCCCAUGUGAUCCGAAUAGGUCGCAUGUUGCUAAAUGAUUCCAAGAAGGGCCCUGCCCACUUGCACUACCGUCGCCCUUACGGUUGUGCAGUAUUGAGCAUCGUGGAUGUUCUUCAGUCACUCUCCGAAUUGAAGGAAGAUAAAGAUUUUGUUCUCAAAGUUUACACGUGCAACAAUGAAAACGAGUGGUAUCAAGUUCAUGAGAAUAUCAUCCGCAAGUCCAGUACCAAGUACACAGCACCCAGCUCCAACUAUGGUCUGAUCAUUUCUCUGCAGCUCCUUCGUGGGGACAUGGAACAGAUUCGAAGGGAAAACCCAAUGAUCUUUAACAGGGGAGUCUCAGUAACCCGAAAAUUGGGGUUCCCAGAUGUCAUCAUGCCAGGUGAUAUCCGCAAUGACCUCUACCUAACACUCGAGAAGGGGGAUUUUGAGAGAGGUGGAAAGAGUGUGCAAAAGAAUAUCGAAGUGACCAUGUAUGUUCUCUAUGCGGAUGGAGAGAUCUUAAAGGACUGCAUCAGUCUAGGUUCAGGAGAGCCAAGCAGGAGUUCUUACCACUCUUUUGUCCUCUACCACAGUAAUAGUCCUCGCUGGGGAGAAAUCAUCAAAUUACCCAUACCCAUAGACAGGUUCCGUGGAUCUCACCUCCGCUUUGAAUUCAGACAUUGCUCUACAAAAGACAAAGGAGAGAAGAAACUCUUUGGCUUUGCGUUUACUCCACUGAUGAGGGAUGAUGGCACUACCCUGUCAGAUGAUAUCCACGAACUCUAUGUGUAUAAGUGUGAUGAGAACAGCACAUUCAAUAACCACGCACUAUACUUAGGCCUGCCCUGCUGCAAAGAAGACUACAAUGGCUGUCCUAAUAUCCCUUCCAGUCUCAUCUUCCAGCGCAGCAUCAAAGAGACGUUCUCUAUCUCCACCCAACUCUCGUCCACCAAACUCACCCAGAAUGUGGACCUGCUUGCUCUCCUGAAAUGGAAGGCUUAUCCAGACCGGAUAAUGGACAUUUUAGGGCGGCUGCGAUAUGUCAGUGGAGAGGAGAUUGUUAAGUUCCUGCAAGACAUCUUGGACACACUCUUUGUGAUUUUAGAUGACAACACGGAAAAGUACGGCCUGCUGGUUUUUCAGUCUCUGGUGUUCAUAAUCAAUUUGCUCCGUGACAGCAAGUAUUUCCAUUUUCGGCCUGUGAUGGAUACGUAUAUUCAGAAGCAUUUCGCUGGAGCACUGGCUUACAAAGAACUGAUCCGCUGUUUGAAGUGGUACAUGGACAGGUCAGCUGAACUGGUGCGGCAGGACCACAUCCAGGAGGCUAUGCGGGCUUUGGAAUACCUUUUCAAGUUCAUUGUCCAGUCUCGGAUCCUGUACUCCAGAGCUACUUGCGGGAUGGAGGAGGAUAUAUUCCGAGCCAACAUCCAAGAACUUUUCCAGUCUAUCAGAUUUGUGCUCAGCUUGGAUAGCAGGAGCUCUGAGACGCUCGUCUUCACCCAGGUUGCCCUGCUGAACUCCUUCCCUGCCGUCUUUGAUGAGCUAUUGCAGAUGUUCCCCGUGCAGGAAGUAGCUGAGUUUGUAAGAGGAACUCUGGGGAGCAUGCCUAGUACAGUGCAUAUUGGUCAGUCCAUGGAUGUGGUUAAACUGCAGUCCAUCGCUCGCACUGUGGAUAGCCGCCUGUUUUCUUUCCCAGAAUCUCGACGCAUCCUUCUCCCUGUGGUUCUUCAUCACAUUCACCUCCAUCUGAGACAGCAAAAGGAGCUUCUUAUCUGUUCUGGGAUUCUCAGUAGCAUUUUCUCUUUAGUCAAGGCUAACUCACUGGAAACAAAUGUUGUGGAGGAGGUUGAGAUGAUGGUGGAAAGCCUCCUGGAUGUGCUCUUACAAACUCUACUCACAAUCAUGAGUAGAUCCCAGUCUCAGGAGGCGGUAAGAGGGCAGCGCUGUCCACAGUGCACCGCAGAAAUCACUGGGGAGUAUGUGUCCUGUCUCCUGUCUCUACUUCAACAGAUGUCAGACACACAUUACCGCCAUUUACUGGAGAGCUUCCAGAGCAAGGAUGAGCUAAAGGAGUUUCUGAUGAAGCUCUUUUGUGUGUUUCGCAAUCUGAUGAAGAUGAAUGUUUAUCCUCGGGACUGGAUGGUGAUGAGGAUGCUUACUAGCAAUGUUAUAGUCACGACUGUCCAGUACCUAUCACCUUACGUACACAAGAAUUUCACCGAAGCAGACUUUGAUUUUAAGGUGUGGAGCUCCUAUUUUAGCCUGGCAGUUCUUUUCAUAAACCAGCCAAGUCUCCAGCUAGAAACUCUCACGACUGCCAAGAGCCGAACUAUUCUGGAGAAAUAUGGUGACAUGCGAGUGAUGAUGGCUUAUGAGCUGUUCAACAUGUGGCAGAACCUGGGAGAACAUAAAAUUAACUUCAUCCCAGGAAUGAUUGGCCCUUUUCUUGGUGUCACCCUGGUGCAGCAGUCAGAGAUUCGCAAUGUCAUGAUCCCUAUCUUUCAUGACAUGAUGAACUGGGAACAGAGGAAAAAUGGAAACUUCAAACAGGUGGAAGCCGAGUUGAUCGAUAAACUGGACAGCCUGGUGUCGGAAGGCAAAGGAGAUGAGAACUACAGGGAGCUCUUUGGCCUUCUAACCCAGCUCUUUGGGCCCUAUCCCAGCUUACUGGAAAAGAUUGAACAAGAAACAUGGAGAGAGACAGGUAUCUCCCUGGUCAUGUCAGUCACUCGUCUCAUGGAACGUCUUCUAGACUACAGAGAAUGCAUGAAAGGAGAUGAAGCUGAAAACAAGAAGAUUGGCUGCACUGUUAAUCUGAUGAACUUUUAUAAAUCUGAAAUUAACAAGGAGGAGAUGUACAUCCGGUAUAUCCACAAGCUGUGUGACAUGCACUUACAGGCUGAGAACUACACAGAGGCUGCAUUCACCUUGCUCUUGUACUGUGAACUGCUCCAUUGGGAGAACCGGCCCCUGCGGGAGUUCCUCCACUACCCAUCCCAGACCGAGUGGCAGCGGAAAGAGGCCCUUUGCCGCAAGAUUGUCCACUAUUUUAACAAAGGAAAGAGCUGGGAAUUCGGGGUACCACUGUGCAGAGAGCUCGCCUUUCAGUACGAAAGUUUCUAUGACUAUCAGAGUCUCAGCUGGAUUCGGAAAAUGGAAGCCACCUACUAUGAUAACAUUGUGGAGCAGCAGCGCCUGGAACCUGAGUUUUUCAGAAUUGGUUUCUAUGGAAGGAAAUUCCCUUUCUUCCUCCGGAAUAAAGAAUACGUCUGCCGAGGACAUGACUACGAAAGACUGGAAGCCUUCCAGCAGAGGAUGCUGAGUGAGUUCCCUCAGGCGAUUGCCAUGAUGCACCCCAACCACCCAGACGACACCAUCUUGCAGUGUGAUGCUCAGUAUUUGCAGAUCUAUGCAGUUACACCCAUCCCAGAGUACGUGGAUGUCCUUCAGAUGGACCGCGUUCCUGACCGCAUCAAGAGUUUUUAUCGGGUCAACAACGUUAAGAAGUUCCGCUAUGACAGGCCUUUCCACAAGGGUCCCAAGGAUAAGGAUAAUGAGUUCAAGAGCCUGUGGAUUGAACGCACCACUCUAAUCCUGACUCACAGUUUACCUGGAAUCUCUCGGUGGUUUGAAGUCGAGAGGAGAGAAUUGGUUGAGGUGAGCCCUUUGGAAAAUGCCAUACAAGUUGUUGAGAAUAAAAAUCAGGAGCUGAGGACCCUGAUAAGCCAGUAUCAACACAAGCAAAUGCACGGCAAUAUUAACUUGCUCAGUAUGUGCCUGAACGGAGUCAUUGAUGCAGCGGUCAAUGGAGGCAUUGCACGAUACCAGGAGGCCUUUUUCGAUAGAGAUUAUAUUACCAAACACCCUGGAGAUGCCGAGAAAAUCACCCAGCUCAAGGAACUUAUGCAGGAACAGGUUCAUGUUCUUGGAGUGGGGCUGACAGUUCAUGAGAAAUUUGUGCACCCAGAAAUGCGUCCUCUUCAUAAGAAGCUGAUUGAUCAGUUCCAGAUGAUGCGUUGUAGUCUCUACUACGAGUUUCCUGGUUUGGAUAAACCGAAUCCACCUUGUCCAGGUACUAUCGUGUCUCGCAGCAAUGUUCUGGUGUCCCAUGGUGCAGUGAGUUCAGAGGGCUCCAGGAUGGUCCACAGACACAGCCCAGUGAACUCGAUGGCUGUAGUCCGCCACUCGUCGUCCUCUCUCUCCUCUCAUGCAUCCAGCGAAGCAGGAAACAUGGUGGUCUUGGCUGAGGGUGCUGUAGGAGGAGAGAUUCCUGAUGAUAUGUUCCACCCCAUGCAGGCUGGUUACCCAAAUGCCAGGUUCCCGGGCUCAGUCACCAGUGUCUCUGUUGUAUCCUCGUCCCAAGCCAGUCCUUCCUCUUCCAGCCUCAGCUCCACCCACUCUGCACCAUCGCAGAUGAUUAAUUCUGCCCCUCCUAGUGCACGAGGCUCUCCCUCUCUGCCAGAUAUGUACCGUCACAAUCGAGAGCAGAUGAUGCUGUUGCCGGCCCACCGGGACCGCCCGAACAGUGCCAUGUAUCCUGCCGCCAUCAUGGAGAAUGGACAGCCUCCGAAUUUCCAGCGCGCCUUGAUCCAACAAGUAAUUGGACCCUGCAAACCCUGCAGUGAUCCCAAUCUGUCUGUUGCCGAAAAAGCUGUGCCCACAGCCCCAAGCAGCUGGAGCCUUGACAGCGGGACGAGAGAUACGUUGCUUACCCGGUCCUCCCAGGCGGGGAGUAGCUUGGCCCCACCAGUACCACCAAGAAGUCUGCCCUAUGGACCCUAUUCCCUUCACUUUGAUGCCUUCCACCAUCCCCUGGGGGAUGCCCCUCCCGCCCUUCCCGCCCGAACUCUUCGUAAGUCCCCCCUCCAUCCUAUUCCUGCUUCCCCCACCAGUCCCCAGUCUGGUUUGGAUGGUAGUAAUUCCACCUUAUCCGGUAGUGCCAGCAGCGGGGUGUCUUCUUUAAGUGAGAGUAACUUUGGGCACUCUUCCGAGGUUCCUCCUCGCACAGACACGAUGGACUCUGUCCCUAGCCAGGCCUGGAACACCGACGAAGAUUUAGAAGUGCCCUACCUCCCCGUCCGUUAUAGCCUUUCAGAGCCCGAUGUCCUGGAAUCUGUCAAAUCCCAGCCAUGCCGAAGCCACUCUGCCCCGAGCGGUGUUAUCCCUCAGGACCCUAUGGACCCUCCGGCUUUACCCCCAAAACCGUACCACUCCCGGCUCCCGAUGCUAGAGAUCGAGGAGGGGAUGAUGAUGGAAGAAGAUGACAAGCAGCAUCGGCCUCUGCAUCGCAAGGUCUCUCUGCCUCCAAGCAGCAUCAAAGAGGAGCAGGCGAGAGUGAGCUGGGAGCAUGGCGUCAGCGAGCAGUGAGCAGAAUUACUGGCUCCAGGUCCGACAGGCGGGUCACCCGGAAAAGAACAGUAAAGGCUCGGGGCUCGGAGGAGAGAACAACAAACCGAUUCUUUACGUUCUACUGCCGUUAACUAAUGUUUCGAGUGUAUGUACAGAGGUUGUUCCAGCAUGCGAUGUUGCUGCUUUCCUCUUUAUUUCAUAUUCUACUCUUCUGUUUUUGCUAUGGGUUGUACCUUUCUUUUUGUUUCUUGGCACAGUGGAUGCUUUCUUCAUUCUGCAGUUACCAGACCACACACGAAGCCGUGUGUAUGUAACCUUUAGCCGUAGACCCUUGCCGAAAUAAGAGUAUCGGAACCCCAGAAGAAGGGGGCGAGAAACAGGUUCUUCCGGGAAUCUAGGCCUCCUCGGUUUUGAAACACACAUGAGUAUAGGUGAAGUUGCCACGGGGGCUUUUUUCUUUGCUGUAUAGACACCGAAGCUCAUAGUUGCAUUCAGGGAUUCCGUUACCCACGCCGGGCUGAGUGGUGGUUGGCGGGCGGAGGAGAGACUAAACUAUUCUUAGGAGCAACCGGCUCUUCUGGAUGUCUGAACGCACAUGACUUUCUUGACUCUCUCUCCCCCACCCCCCUCCCACCCCCACUGCUCAGGUGUGCUGACUUGAUUGAGUUGGUAAUGGUUCCAAGAGUCCAUGGGGACUUCUGAAAGAACACUGAUGUAAAACCAGUCCCCCUGCUGCUUCCUUUGAUGUUCUCCCCUUUGAGAGACAUUCCCCCGCUUUUAACCCUCUAAGCUAUACACUUCCCCCAUAGAAGUCAGAGCCUCUCACCAUUUUGGCUACAGAUAUCAGCUAGGACUGCGUAAACUCUAGGAGUGCAACCCAGUCCUGUUGGGCUUUCCCCAGACUCAGCUGCCUCCAGGUGUUUGACAUCUCCGGCAAUGCCCCCCUCCCCUCCACCCCCCCAAAAAAAAAGACAAACAGCAGUCCGGCUGGAGGCAAAGUGAGGAGGGGUAGUGAGGGCCAGCUUAAAGCUAGAACCACAUGUUGAGCUAAAGAAAAAGAAAACUGAAGGUUUGCAGUGUCACCUUCCUAAUUUAGCAGGUGACUUUCUGGGAGCUGAGAGCCAUUCAUUCCUACCGAAAGAUCUCCACACAACACCUGGCACUUUGGGGCUGCCAGGGUAGGAGAGAGUCAGUAUCUCUCAGCCGCUAGGAAAUCCUUUAUCCUUUGGCCUGUUCUCCUGAGUCAGGAAUUUUAACACUACCUCUGAGUGAAAGGACUGGUGGUAGAACAGUGCUUCUGGAGACGGCUGUCGCUGAGGAAGAGCAGUCUUGAUGACACUUAGACUUAGUUAAUAAGCUGGAGUGGAGUUGAUAUUUCCUUCUUUAGAAGAUCAUUCCCAGGAAAAAAAAAUAGUGCCCGUCUUUGACUCCCCCUGGGCAGGGAAAGGCCUUCCCUAAGGAAUCAAUUUCAUCAGAGCCGAAGUCAUACAGUGGCCACUGCCUUCUGCCACUGAUCCGUGUGUAGUAUUUAAAUGCAGUGUAGCAAGUACCCAGGGGAGCUGACCAGCCUCGUUCAAGGAUGCAGGAUUUCUUUAUAUACAUACAGCGUUAUCUUUAUAUGACACUUUUAGCCAGUCAGGACUCUGUCCUUUCUCUUGGCUUGUUGAUAUUUGGGGGUGUUUGCGGGGGGCUAGGUGGUGGGGUGUUACCAUAGUAUUUUAUCAGGUCGCUUUUAAGGUACUUUUGAGGAGCAAAUGUAAGUCUCCAGACAGUGCUUUUGUUUAUCAUGUGUCUGAGCAGUUGGAUUAAGCACUGAGGUGAAUCCGUGUUUGGUCGAUGCAAAGCCAGCUGUCUCAGUGAAGCAACGAGAGAAUCCUCGGUGGUAGAUGGUUUUCUUUUGUAAACCAGUGCCAGCCAUUUCAGCACAAUGCUAGCCUUGAUUUGAAAAAAAAAAAAAGAAAGAAAAAAGAAAAAAAAGGAGAAAUCUAGUUUGAUUUGGGUUUUGUGAAGUUUCUAAAUCACUUUUCAAGUUCUGGAAAAAUUAGCUUGAUAGACUCCUAAACACUGGAAGGAGUGCAAGGUAGGAACUGGUAGUGGAGAAGUCAGUCUUGCAGAACAGAAAAGAUGAGUUUAGGGAGAAAUCAUGUUUAAUUUGGGCUCUUUGAAGGUUUCUAAAUAGCUUUUCAAGUUUGGGAAAAAUUUAGCUUGACAAUCCUUAGGAACACUGAAUAGGGUGGAGAUGGGAGAAAAGUUAGAAAUCGGUGGUGAUGAAACCUGUCUUGCCAAAAAAAAAAAAAAAUGACCUUGAGAUGAGAUCUAGUUUAAUUUGGGAUUUUUGAAGGUUUUAAAACCUUUCAAGGUUUAGAAAAAUUAGCUUGACAGAAUUCUAAGAGCACUGGAAGGAGUGGAAAUAAGAGAGGUAGGAGCUGGUAGUGAAAUCUGUCUUGCAGAAAAAAAUUAUCUUCAUGAGAAAUCUUAUUUAAUUUGAGCUCUUUGAAGGUUUCUAAAUAGCUUUUCAAGUUUUGGAAAAAUUAGCUUGACAAUCCUUAAGAACACUGGAUGGGGUGGAAAUGAGGGAGAAGUUAGAAACCGGUGAUGGUGAAGUCUGUCUUGGGAAAAAAAAAAGACUUUGGGUUAAAACUUUGUUUAAUUUGGGCUCUUUGAAUGUUUCUAAACUUUUCAAGGUUUAGAAAAAUUAGCUUGGCAGAAUCCUAAGAACACUGGGUGAGGUGCAAUCAAGAGAGAAGUUAGAAACUGGUGGUGAGCUUGAGAAAUCUAAUUUAACUUGAAUUUUUUGAAGGUUUCUAAAUUCAAGUUUUGAAAAAUUAGCUUGACAGAAUACUUAGAGCACUGAGGGAAUGGAGGCAAGAGAGAAGUUAGAAACUUACAGUGGAGAAGUCAGUCUUUCUAAAAAGGAGAGAUGAACUAGGGGAAAAAUCUAGUUUGUGGACCUUUUUGAAGGUUUCUAAGUAAUAUUUCAAGUUUUGGAAAAAUUAGCUUGACAGAAUGCUUAAGACCACUGAGUGGGGUUGGAGACAGGAGAGAAGCUAGAAAUUUAUAGUGGAGAAGAGAGUUUCACUAAACAAAAAAGAUAAGAUAGGGAGAAAUAUAGUUUGUUGGGAUUUUUGAAGGUUUUUAAAUAACUUUUUCAAGUUUUGAAAAAUUAGCUUGACAGAAUGCGUAAGAACACUGAAUGGGGUGGAGACAGGAGAGAAGUUAGAAACUUAUAGUAGAGAAGUCAGUCUCUCUGAAAAAAAGAGAUGAGCUGGGGGAGAAAUCUAGUUUAAUUUGGACUUUUUGAAAGUUUCUAAAUAACUUUUUCAGGUUUUGGACCAAUUAGCUUGACAGAAUGCUUAAGAACACUGAAUGGGGUGGAGAUAGGAGAGAAGUUAGAAACUUAUAGUGGAGAAGUCAGUCUCUCUGAAAAAAAGAGAUGAGCUGGGGGAGAAAUCUAGUUUAAUUUGGACUUUUUGAAAGUUUCUAAAUAACUUUUUCAGGUUUUGGACCAAUUAGCUUGACAGAAUGCUUAAGAACACUGAAUGGGGUGGAGACAGGAGAGAAGUUAGAAACUUAUAGUGGAGAAGUCAGUGUCUCUGAAAAAAAGAGAUGAGCUAGGGGAGAAAUCUAGUUUAAGUUGGACUUUUUGAAAGUUUCUAAAUAACUUUUUCAGGUUUUGGACCAAUUAGCUUGACAGAAUGCUUAAGAACACUGAAUUGGGUGGAGACAGGAGAGAAGUUAGAAACUUAUAGUGGAGAAGUCAGUGUCUCUGAAAAAAAGAGAUGAGCUGGGGGAGAAAUCUAGUUUAAUUUGGACUUUUUGAAAAUUUCUAAAUAACCUUUUCAGGUUUUGGACCAAUUAGCUUGACAGAAUGCUUAAGAACACAGAAUGGGGUGGAGAUGAGAGAGUUUAAAACCUGGUAGUGGAGAAGUCAGUCUUACUUCCCAAAAAGCAUGUAAAUCCUGUACCGUAAUUCUCUGAAGCUUUGGUUUCACUAUGGGGUUGGGAUCCAUUGAGCAGGUGGUGAUCGCAAGAGUCUUGGUGAUUCUGAGAGCUUGGAUAGAAUUUAGAAUUGCUCUUUUCGGUUUUGAUCCCUGAGCGUGAGGAAAUCAUUGGGAGUUGAAGGAGAUAUGAUAUCUGUUAAUGUUGGUACUUCACAUCCCUGUCUGAUGGAAAUGAGGACAUCUCUAGGAAGACGUAACGAGGCCCAGGGCCUGGACAUGUCAGCUGGUGGGGAGCUGUUGCUUCUGGGGUCGUGGGGAGAGUGGAGACUAGGAAUGGAAUUGUUUACCAGUCUAUUCCUUAAACUACGCUUCUCCACCUCCGUCCUCCAAGCCACCGAUUCUGGGAAUUUGUUUGGUCCCAUGCCAGCUGAUUUCUCCAGGACUUAGCAGUUUUGUCAUCAAGUGAGGAGGUACAACACCCCCCCUCCCCGACCCCUCCCCCAAAUUACAGAGCCCAGGGCAAUUACUCCCGAUCACCCUAUAGAAGGGAUGGGAAGGAAAGGAAUUAGGGCAGACAGCAAAGGGAGGGAGUCAUUAAGAAUUCCACCGAUUCCUCUAUCUUUUCCAUUCAUUUGUUGGGAAAAGAUGCAUUGCUUUGGUCACACCCUGUGCAAAGGGAAGUUGGUGGCUAUUUUCAUUUUCCCUUUAUUUCCCCAACUGGAUGGAAAGGGCACAUCCCAUAAAUUCUUCCUAUCAGAAAAGUAACCAAACUCAGAAGGCAGCAGAUAUGAGAAUCCUUUGGAAAGCAUGUGUGAUCUUUUGGUUUCCUUCUAACAGGCUUCUUUGUAAAUAUCUCAUUUGACUGCUGUGUAUUUGUACAGGAAUUUGAGCAAAAAAUGUAUAGAUUGUGGCGUCUGACUGGUAAUCUGCCCUGUAAAUGUGUUUUUAAUCUCUCGCAUUCUGUGCUUAUUGAAAAUGAGAACAUCUUUUGUGUAUUCAUGUUUAAAGAAAAGAAGUUAUCUGAACUCUCUGGAAAGCAAAAUUAAAAGAAAAAAAAAAGAAUUUGUACCAAUGUCUUACAAGGUAUUUUUUUUUAUAUAUAUAUAUGUAUGUAUAUAUAUAUGUGUGUAUAUAUACAUAUAUAUAUAUAUUGUGAUAGCAUGUUCUGGUUAAAAAAUAAGUGAUGUGAAGUUUAAAUGUAAAUAUCUGCUGUAGGUUUCGGUUUUUUUUCCUUUCUCCUCCCCAUUCAGUCAACUGUUGUGUUGUGAAAUUAAAGAUUAAAACCUGUUAUUGAC